UAAGUUUAAAAUGUCAGAAGUUCAAGCUAAUUUAUAUAAUUUUAAUGUUAAGCCUAGUGGUAUUGCUAACAACAGCAAUGAAAAUAUCUCACUUGGUGAAACGUUGAAUUCUCCGUUGAUGUUACAUGAAAAACUUCAACAGUUAAGGAUAUGGCAGGAAAAGCAACAAGAAAAGCUUCGUAAAAUGCAAAAACAACAGUGGCAAAAACUGAAUGAGGAACAAAAUCGUGUACGUGGAAUGUUAACACCUAACACUAGUAAUAGUAAUAGCACUGCUAGUGUCAGCGAUUUUAAACUAGGCUCACAAACAGAAGGUAAUGCUAAUGAUCUUGGAAUUAUUGAAGUUGAAAGUAGUGCGUCCUGUAAAUUUAGUCAGCAAGUUAAAAAUAAAUCAAAAUCUGUAGAACAUAUGAAAAGAAAAACGUGCAGAAAGUUUUCAGAAAGUAAGCUUGAGAAAAAUCCUGAUGGUGAAACUAUAGAUUCAGUUGUUCAACUGAACAAGAAAGAAAACCGAGAUUUAAUUCCCAAUGAUUUAAUAAAUAAAAAUGUAUCACAAAAUCAUCCUAUUUCAGAUUCAGUUAACAAAGUGAUGAAACAUUCAGAAAUGUUGUAUAAAAAAGAAGAUAAACCAGGGAGUGCAUUUCUGUCUACCGAAGAAAGGCCUGUAAACCCUGGAAUUGUUGGAGGGAUUAAAACAUUUGAAGAUCUCUUAAAGCAUCAUUUACACGAAGAAACAAGUAAUUCAAGAAAAUAUGUUGAAAAGCCAAAAAAACCUUUUUUACGGAAAGGUGCGGGUCUAGCCAAAUAUCAGCAGUGUCAACAGAAGACUAGUUCAGAAGUUCUUGGAAUAGUUGAAAAAAAAAAAAAUUACCUUCAGCCGUUGCCUUCUCAAGGAAUACAUCCUCCCUUAGUUCCUAACAUAAACAAUGAAGACAAUGGAAUGAUCCCACUGAACUCUGAAUAUAAUCUUGAAAUGGAAAAUGUUCUUCACAGAUUUUGUGAUUUAGAAGAAAACAUGAAAAACCUCGAGGAACACGACCGUUCGAUACCAGUAAGCUCUGUAAAAAUAAAGUACGACUCUGACUGUAAUUCUGACUUUUCAGAUGACUGUACAGAAAAAUCCUCGUUUUCUAGAAAAAUAGAAGAUGUGGAAGUAAAACAAAAGAAAGAAGUCGAAGAACUCGCAGAGUUUGAGAUUCUUGAACAGGUAACACACAACACUUCUUUAAACAGUGAAUCAUCGAUGUAUCAAGAAAUGAUCAAUAAGCCACUUCAACAAUCAUCACCAUUAUCCAAACAGACAGAAAAAGGAAUUGAGCUUAAAAAUAGCAGAAAGUCUUCCAGUGUACAGUUUUUGGAUUUUGACGACAGUAGUAAUAGCCAAGAAACCUCUGAUAUUUAUGAUUGCCAAAAAAGCAGUAGUUUAGGUACAGAUAUAACUGCUCUUUUGAGAAAACUGAAAAAAAGAAAGAACUACAUAGAAGACAAACUUGGUGUUUUGAAUUCACCAUACCACAGCUUUUCUGAAGUGGAAUCUGACAAUGAUGAGAUCAUCGACGGUGAUCACACUCUGGUUGAUAAGGAUACAGAAUCUGUAAACAAUGUUUCCGUUCAUUUUGCACCAAAUAACCACAAAGUUAAUUUUUUCCAAGAACGAGACUUUGUUCCAGAAAUAUCAGUUCCUGAAUAUGAUGUUCUUGGAAACAAUGAACAACAGGAAAAAAAAAAUAUUGAUAAAAGUGCUGGAACACCUGUUUUUUUCCAAGAUGAUAAAAGUUGGAAAUGUGAUGAUGGAGAAAGCAAGAUCGUGGAAGAUAGUAUACAGGAAUAUGCUAAUGAUGUUAUCAGUGAUGAUAAUCAGUCAGAGAUUAAUAUUGCUUGUUCAAAUAAUACUGAGGAUAAUUCAAACAAAGAGAACGAAUCACAAAAGAAUAUAUUAAAUGAGAAGUCUGAUGUUAACUCAAAUGAACAGACGUGUAAAAGAUGCAGAAACGAAAAUAACAGCUUUAACAACACCGGAUUUGUCAGUCAGCAACUCCUUCGAGACAAGUUACGAGAAUUAGAGGAUGAAAUUCAGGUUUUCCAAAAAGAAAAUGAUGCAUUAAAUCUUCUAAGAAAACAACGAGAAGAACAACUGCGUGUUCUAGAGAGAGAGAAAAACAAGUUUGAAAUAUUUAAAGAACAAGAAAAACAGAAAAUACAAGAAGAGUUAGUUGAAGAGAAGAAAAAGCUGAAACGAGAAAGGGAUGCGUUUGAACACUAUCAGAGAGUCAAGAAAGACUUUCCUGAAAGAAAAGAGAGAGAAGAAACAAGAGAGUUAAAAACGAGAGUUAAACAAUUAGAAAAAGAACUAACACAGCAGGAGAAGAAGUGGUCUGCCGAAAAGAGCAGUUUACGAGCUCAGCUUCGUUCUGUGGAAAAGGAAAAAGAUAGUUUACGUGACGAGGUCAAGUAUCUAGAAAAUGAGAGGUUGGACUUACUCGCCAAGCUAAAAAUGUACGAGAAGAAGAAAAAACCACCAAGGUGGCUAAGUUUUGAAAAGCAACGAGCAACAAAAAAGAAUGUUCUACCUGAAGGUCAACCGAAAGACAGCGUGCUUAAAAAUUCAAGUGUGAAGCCUAAGAAUGAUCAUAUUAAAGAGUUACGCUUUGAAGAUCUUGAAUGUUCUCUAGAAAAUUCUCCGAUACCCAGUGAACCUUCUGUUGUUGAUUAUAAUAAUGAGGAACAUGGUGAGAGUGGUAGAGAAAAGAUUGACGGUGAAAGUAAAGUUUGCCCAGCUGUUAUUUCAAUUCAUUCCAAAGAUGUUAACGGUCAAGAAAAUGUGAAUAGCAAUGAUGUUGAAAAUCAUUUAAAGAAAUUAGGCACUUUAGAUCUGCAGAAGUCAAAAGGAAAAGUACGGUUUUGUUUGAAACCAGAUGUUUGUGUCGGUGAAACGGGUAGUAGCGACGAGCCUUCUGUCGAGGAGGUACCUCAUCAUGACAGAAUUGAAAGAGUCCUUCCGAGGGGAUAA